AUGUUUGCGUGGGCAGCUGGAGGAGCCCAGUCGAUGGGAGUUGAGCCGGACCAGGAACGAGAUCCACCAGCUUCUCCAACACCGUUAGAGUUCCCACAAUAUGUCGGGUUUGAUGGGGAAGACAUCCAACGUAUAACGGACUUUAACGCCAUCUACCGGAAUCUCAUCGCACUCAGGAAACCCCAGGAUAUCACCAUUGAUCAUGUCAAGGCCUUGAAUCUGAGAAUCGAGACUGACAUAGAGGGUCUUCAAAUUAUCUCUGAUGAGGAUCUGCAGGGACUUCCCCCCUUAGUCUGGGAUAAAAUGAAUGAAGAUGAUGAUGAAAAUCCCUCCGAAGCCCCAAAAAUGGGAAAUGGCAUUCCAUACCCACCCUAUGAGAAAUACGACAUUGUCAAAAAGGAACUGUUGAGUGACACUGACGAUGCUUUUAGAGAGGCUGCAAGGAUGCCACCCAAGCCUGGGCGGGAUAGAGUAAGAUUGACACAAACAAGGAAAUUCUGGUUGGGACUCGAGCGAAUCGCUCAGUACUGGGACACUAGUCAGGAUGAGUAUUUUGAGAGACCGGCUGCGGCAUCUAAGCCGGAGGAGAAUCAGACUGUCAACGAUGAACGAGCUUCUACAAACACUGGCGUCGAUAGUCCGAUGGACACGAGUGCCUCUCCUGCUGAGGAAAUAAAAACCUACGAACGUGUCUACAAGGGAAGACGUAUCGGGACAGGAAGUGAGAUGCCGGCUGAUAUCCGUGAAGAUACGAUGAGAGGGCUCCUGGAAAUGGUGGCAUGGCCAUUCCAAUGCCAGGUAUCCGUGCCUUCGUUACCACCAAGGUUGCAUACUCAAGGGUUAUUGUUCCCCGUACGCCUUACAUUGAUAUCUGGUCGAGUGCCUCAGGACCGCCAGGCUGCACGAAGCGGGAUACUACAGGGACCGUUACUAGGUGUUCAAUGCCGAGAGGAAACAAAGUUUAGUGCAAAAGAUGAAGAACCAGGAUCUUGGGGUAAGUAUUGCGAUUUGUUCCGUGAAGUCGGUGCCAUGCUCCUAUUAGCCCAAGAACGUGCUCGUGAUGGCGCUGUCGAGGUUAGGCCAGGAGAGGGUAAAUGGUGGACCACGGUACCUCGUUUCGGUGGUGCUGAGCAUGAAGGUGUCACGGGUGAAGCAGCAAACGCGGAUGACGCAAAGACGAAAGAAGAUCAAAAGGACGAUGACAACAACCAAGGCGUGUAUAAGCGUUCUCGAUACAUGAAUCCGCUCAUAGCAUCACGGCGGGCAGCGCGAGCACGACGAUUGACGCCUAGCGAGAAAUGGAAUAUUAUCGGACCUGGGACGAGUCUGUGGGAUAAGAAAAUGAACUAUAUGCAGAUUGGAAAGCCGAACAAUAGUCCAUAUGACGAUAUUUACAUGCUUUCGAGUAUCAACCAUCAUGUCUCAAUCCUACAUCUCAGAGUCCAUCGACGAUAUAUCGAUUGUCUCACAUCAGGAGUCAGUGAUGAUAAGGACCAAGGCACUACCGACCAACCUUGGAAUGAACUCAAACUACGGCGAACCAAAUGGUACGAUCUGUUAGAUUCUGAGCAGCGACUGGAAGUGUUUCACAGUCUUUGGAGGCUAUAUCAUUAUAUAAUGAGAUGA